AUGGACGAUAUAUAUGAUGUGUAUGGUACACUAGAUGAGCUUCAGCUUUUUCUAGAGGCAAUUGAGAGGUGGAAUAUAAAUGAACUGGAUCAGCUACCCGAUUACAUGAAGAUAUUGUUUGUUGCUUUUUAUAACAAUGUGAAUGAGAUAUCUUAUUAUGUCCUCAAAGAAAAUGGGAUUCACACCAUCAAAUAUCUGAAGAAGGCGUUGGGGGAUCUGUGUAAAUGCUAUAUGGAGGAGGCAAAAUGGUUUCACAGUGGACACAUACCAAGUUUAGAAGAAUUCAUUGAGAAUGGAUGGAAUUCAAUUACAAUACCUCUUUGUCUUAUUUAUCAUUAUUGCUUAAUUACAACUUCAAUUACAGAACAAGACAUGGAACACUUGCUUCAAUAUCCAACCAUUUUACGUGUCUCAGGAACUGUUUUUCGAUUUAUAGAUGAUUUGGGAACCUCAUCAGAUGAACUUGAAAGAGGAGAUAAUCCUUCAUCAAUUCAAUGCUACAUGCGUGAAAAGGGUGUUAGUGAAAAUGAAAGCCGUGAACACAUAUGGAAUUUAAUUAGUGAAGGAUGGAAGGAAAUUAAUGAAGUUAAAGCUUCAAACUCUCCAUACUCUCAAGUGUUUAUUGAAUCUACCAUUGAUUUUGUUAGAGGAGCAAUGGAGAUGUAUCACAAGGGUGAUGGUUUUGGUACUAAUCAAGACCGAUAUCUUAAGACCAAAGUUGUCAACAUGUUCUUCGAUCCAAUUCCAAUUUAA